UAAAUUAAACUUGAGUUAUAUUUGUUUUAUUUUUAAUUUAUUGAUAUUGUAUUUAUUAAAUCUUAGAAGAUAAAAUUGGUAAAGUUCAUUAAACUUUAUAUACAUAAACAAUUACAUGUGUUCUAUAGUGUGAUUAUUUUGUUUUUCUGAUGUUCUGUCAAGAAAAAAUAAUUAUACAUAUAUUCUAAAUAAAUGAAUAAUAAUUUAUCAAUAAAUUGACGCAGAUAGAAAUAUGGACAGUUAUGCUGAACUCUGUGGAUUUAUGGACGCAAAAUUACCUGGAAAUUUAAUGCGAAAAAGAUCAUUUGUUUCAUGGAAAACUUGGCGACGACAUUGGUGCACUGUACGUAAAUUAGGACCUGGAUUAGGUGCUGAAGUUCAAUUGGAGCAUGGACUCACCAUUGAUGGUUUAAAUGCAUAUCGUAACACCAUUAAAAUUCCUUCUGACUCGAUAAUAUGCCGCACAGAAUCUCGAACAAAAUCAUAUGCAUUUGGUAUAUUUCCUGCCAAAGAAAGAAAACCAUUUCUUUAUUUAAGUGGAAUGUCUGAAUCAGAAACACAGAGAUGGAUGGCUAAUAUUAGAGAAUUAUUAAAACCUCGGCGAUGUCGUUUUUUAGAAGGUACAUUCAAUAUUUCAAUGGUUGAUAACACUCAUUCAAGGUCCGCUGGUUUAACAGGCUUACAUGGAGAUUUAGUUGCUAGUCGCAGUGGAAUUUUUUUAAAAGAUGUUCAUAAUGGCAAUAUUAUUGAACAUUUAGAGUGGAUUGAAAUGAAUCAAUUUAAUUUAGCAACCAUUGGUCACCCGGAUGAUGUGAAAAGAAUUUGUGUCAUUCAUACAACAAAAUCAUUUCGCGGUGGUAUUGGAGAACUUUAUAUAUUUUGUUUAAAUGCGAGUCAAUUAUUACAGAGUUUAGUGAAACAAGGCCGUGAGCCUUUUAAUAAAAUUAACAAAGUCGAAAUAAUUAGGCCUUUAAGCUUGAGCGAAGGUGAUUUGAGAUUUACAAAUGAUAAUGAAACGGGAAAUUUAACUAUAAAAAAUAAAGUAUCAAAUAUUAGUAAUGCUGGAUUAUUGUUGUUACAACCAAGGCUGGAACGCGAGGGAAAGUUUAUGUUUAACGAUACUAGUGAUUCUGGUAAUACGUUACGAAAGAUAAAUGAGGAUAAAUUAGAUUAUUAUAUGCGAGCUGUGGAUAACGUGUAUGAAACUGAGCCUGCCAAUUUAUCAAAUAUUAGUGCAAGUCUAGAAGAGCUCGAAGAACCUCUGCAUAAAAGAGUGUCUAAUUUGUCAGUAGCUUCGGGUAUUUAUGAAGAAAUUGUGGAGAAUCAUUAUGACAAUAAACUCAGUAUGGAUAAUUUACAUCUAUAUGAGAAUCUUAGUGACAUUAAACUUAAUUCUUAUAAUAAAAGCCGUAUGCCACCACCACUACCUCCUCGAACACGGUGUGCUUCUGACUCUUCAAAGAAUGGAGUAUUAAGUGAUGAGGAAUUAUGUCACGAAGAAAAUUCAAAGUUAUUGACAUCAAACACACCAUUGACUGAUAUUAAUUUAGGAUCUUCACAAAAAAUUUUAAUGCCAGUUUAUGCGACAUCUGAGCAUUCUGACUAUGUUCCAAUGUCACCAAGACCCAAAGAUUUUGCUGCAGAGCAAGAAAAAAAACAAUUCGUUUCUCAGGAAGAAGACAUUUAUAUGGUUAUGCGAUAAAAUGUCAAGUAGGAAAUUUUUUAAAUACUUUAUUGCUCUGUUAUAUUUAGAAAAUUGUGAAACUAUUGUGGCCUCCGUGAUAAUUAUUUUAUUUGGCCUAUUUUUUAUGGUAAAAUUUAGAGUGCCAAGUAUAUACAAAAAUAAAUGAAAAUAAAAUUUCGAAAAUUUACGAUUUACCAACUAUUAGUAUUUAAAUAAAUUGUAUAGUAAUCACGCAUAAAGUAUUUAAAGUCCAUAUCUCGCUCAAAUUAAUACAUAUAAAAAGUAAAAUAAUGUCUCAUAUCAUUCAGGAAAAUGAAGUACAAAUAUUUCUCAAGAAAAAAAUUCCUCAAGUUUAUAUUUUUUCAUUUUAUUUCUUUUGAAAAAGAUUUUAUUAUAAAUGAUAUUCCAAAUUUUACCAGAACAAAUUAUAUACAUAUCAAUAUUUAUCAAAAAUAAGCUUCUAUUUUAUUUUCGGUUUAUUAUAAUAUAUCUUAACUAUUCACUGCCUUUCGCUCUGUGCCUAUAUAUAUAUCAUUUUUGUAAUGUCUAUCAACAUUCCUCGCAAAUAAGUAAAUUAAGUGGGAUGUUUUGAACAAAAAAAAAUUAUUCAAUAUUAAUUAAAUAAUUCUUUAUUUUUAUUUAUAACUUAGAAAAAUUAAUAAUACUUUAUUUUCUUACUUUAUUUAGUUAUAAAAAUAUUAUAAGUUAAUUAUUUUUAAAUUAAUAAACUUUGUAUUCGAACUGAAUUUGUAAAAAAGUUUAGGUUCAAAAUAGAAAAAAAAAUAUUAGCUAAAAAUGUGAUAGAAAUUACUGCUGUAUUAUAAAUUGUGAAAUUGUCAAAGGCCAGUUGCAUUAACUUGCAUUUAUGUUAAUAUAUCUGCUGAUUGUUUAAAUUAAACAUUUAAGUGAUUAAUUUGUUGCCUAUUGUAAAUUACAUAUUUAAUAAAAAAUUACAUGAAUUAA